UUUAAACUAUCAACAUGCCUCCAAAAGCAAGUGGUAAAGCUGUUAAAAAAGCCGGCAAGGCUCAAAAGAACAUCACCAAGACUGACAAGUCCAAGAGGAGAAAGAAGAGGAAGGAAUCUUACGCAAUCUACAUCUACAAGGUAUUGAAACAAGUUCAUCCAGACACUGGUGUCUCAUCCAAGGCCAUGAGCAUCAUGAACAGUUUCGUCAACGAUAUCUUUGAACGUAUUGCUGCUGAAGCUUCCCGUCUUGCUCACUACAACAAGAGAUCAACCAUCACCUCCCGGGAAAUCCAGACAGCUGUUCGUCUUCUUCUUCCUGGUGAACUUGCCAAGCAUGCCGUCAGUGAAGGCACUAAGGCAGUCACCAAGUACACUAGCUCCAAGUAA